AGUAGAUAAUGUUGUACGACGGUCCCCCUAGGCCAACACAACUUGAGGUCGAGAAGCCAAGCUGCCGAUAGCGUAGCAACAGGAGCCACCGCCGCCCGACCCGAGUGCCCGAGUGAUCAACGCAGCCAUGGCCACGCCCGACUUCCGUACGCCCAACCAGGAGAUGCCGCCGCCGGGCGGCUUCAAGCCCGUCAAGUUCGUCAAGAACGGCCCCGCAACGCGCGGACCACCGGGAUGGUCGCUCUUCCUCGGUACGUUCCUCGUCACGUCCGUGGGCUACUACAUGGUGGGCCAGCACAACAAGCACCACCGCGAAGUGGCCAAGGAGGAGCGCGAGAACCGUAUUGCGCUGCUACCGUUCCUGCAGGCGGAGGCGGAUGUCGAGUACCUGGAACAAGAGAAGCACAUUUUGGAGAAGGAGCGCCAGGUCAUGAAGAACGUGCCUGGCUGGGUGGCCGGGCAGUCGCCGUACCACUCGGACCGCUACCAGGCACCGCUUUGGGCCCAGAAGAAAUGAACAGAGAAGGACAGAUGGAUGGGGAGCAGGAAGCUAAUACACCAUCGAGUGAGCGAACUGUAACAAGACCAUGUCAAGGAAAUGCACUCGUGUGUUCGUCCGCUCGAGGUCAACUCUUUCCUCUGAGUUGGUGAAAAUUUAAUGCCAUGAAUAUCGUCGCUGCUGCUCUUUUCAAUGUUUGGAUGUGCGGUAAGAGGUUUCUUGCUUUCGAUCCCUUAUCGGUGAGAGCGGUACAAGCUCUCUAUUCUAGCUUCGAACGAAAUAACUGCAGUUACUUGUAUCUGUCAGCAGCAGCCACUGCGGAUAGCUAGCAUCAUCCGAUUUAAAGCCCUUCGUCCAUCUCGUCCUCAAUUUCCUUGGCGAGCUCCUCCUCUUGCUUUUCGCGUUCGAGACGCUCUUCGGCGCUCUCAAGGUCUUUCUUGUAGGCAUCCGGUGGAUAACGCAUAGCCUUGACAGCUUCGUUGUGCACGUCUAGACAGAACGUGAUACGCCUCUGGAAAGCCGUCUGCGGGUCGUUAGUCGUGUACACGUUGACAGUCUCCUUCAGCUGCAGCCAGCCGUUCUCAUGGUCGAUCACGGCGUCAAUCACGCCGUCCCGAAUCGCCUUGGCGCACACGAACUCGGCGUUCUGUGCGUUCUCCAGCGCGAGCUUCUCGCAGAUGUCUGUGAACAGGAUCCGCGAGUACGAAGUGCUGAUCUUGCGCAGACCCGUCUUGAUGACGUUGUGGCGCAAGCUGAGCAAAAUAACAAAGUGCACAUUAGUUAGCAAGAGAUCUCCGCACACACACGUCUCUGAGCAAAGCUCGUCCUGCUUACCGAAGGAUCAGCGUGUAAGUAUUGUCGGCCUUGAAGACCGCUCCAUGUUGCGAUAAAACCACGUUAAAGUCUUCCAGGUUACCCACACGGACGGC